AUGAUCGUACUUAGUAUGUUGUGCAGCCUUUUCUUAACUAUAUUCGGGUUUAAUCUCGAUGUAGUUCAUUUUGUUACCGACUACGUGUUGUAUAAAGAUUUGAAAUAUGUCUGCUAUUUUACGUGUGAAAGUAAUUAUUAUAACAACAUGUUAGUACAAAAAUUAACAAAAGACAAUGUACGAGUGUCUGUAAGACGUAUUGAUGGAGAUGACAAUGUAGACGUAGUGAGGGUUGCACAUCAGACGACUAUAUCUGUUGGAGUCCUAGUUGAUGGACAUUGCAAUCAGACGCAGACAUUGAUGAACCAGGCUUCGUUCAACAAAUUAUUCGACGCGGUGCAUUCCUGGCUCGUACUGACCGACUUUGAAGAUGACAACUGCACGGAAUAUGUCAUGCAGACAUUCCAGUGGCUUAACUUGAGUGUCAACGCAGAUGUCGCUGUCGUCGCAAAUAGGGGUGAUUCCUUCGCGAUAAUCGACGUUUACAACUUUGGCAGAAUACAAGGAAACGACUUGGAAACAGCUCUACUUGGAACCUGGCAACCGGAUCAAGGAUUAGAGAUUAUACUGAAAGGCUACAAGUAUUACAAUCGCUGGGAUUUUCAUAAUUUGACGCUGAGAGCAAUUUCUGUGAUAGUUGACCAGCCGAAGGUGUUCUACCCGGAGAUGUUAUCAGAGAUGACGUACACUGCAGGAGUGGCUGCCAUGACCAAGAUCACUUCGCAGAUGCUCAACACUAUCAAAGAACGACACAAUUUCAGGUUCAAUUAUAGUAUCGCAGGCAGAUGGAUCGGGUCUCCGGAGAGAAAUUCCACAAUGGCUGUCACCAACACUCUGUUCUGGGAGGAGCAGGACCUGUCCAGCACCUGUGCUAGAAUCUUCCCCAAGUGGCUCAAUUGGGUCGAUAUUUACCACCCACCAACUACUAAUCUCCAGACCAAAUUCUACUACCUGAUACCGGAGACAGGUGUAGGCCAGUAUGAGAACAGGUUCCUUACUCCGUUGUCCUACGGAGUCUGGUGUUGUGCCUUCUUCGCCGGCAUCGCCUGCACGCUGGUCCUGGCAGCCGCGGCUCGCAUGGAGAACAGACCCAAGCCAGGACUGUAUGCCUUCUUCAGUGUAUUCGCUGCGGUUUGCCAACAAGGUUAUGAAGACGGAGUUCAGUUGUUGGAGCAAACAUUAUCUAGUCAAGGUCGUAGACUAACCCUGCUAGUGAUCGGACUGACGAGCAUGCUGCUGUACAACUACUACACCAGCAGCGUGGUGUCCUGGCUGCUGAACGCUGCUGCACCUUCCAUCGCCAACCUCGACGGCCUCAUUAAUAGCGACUUUGAACUGGUGUUUGAAGAUAUUGGAUAUACUAGAGGAUGGCUUGAUAAUCCAGGUUUCUUCUACUACAGCGGCUUCAAGAAUGUUAAAGAAGAUGAGUUGAGAGACAAGAAAGUAACAAAAGCGAAGCGUACUGUUCCAGUGUUGCAGAAUGUGAACAAGGGCGUUGAACUGUUACGGACUGGCAAAUAUGCUUUCCACACGGAACCGUACACUGCAAGUCAGGUGAUAUCCAAAACGUAUGAGGAUAAGGAGUUGUGCAACCUCGGAGCCCUGCAGAUGAUGCUACCAGCUCACGUGUACAUCAUGGCCCAGAAGAAGAGUCCUUAUAAAGAAUUCUUCGAUUGGAGUCUUCUUCGUCUGUUGGAGCGUGGGCAUGUGAAAGCGAUUCGUGCCCGGUUUGCUGGCACUAUGCCUGCCUGCUCGGGCGCCCAGCCGCGAGCACUGGCGCUGGGACAGGCGGCCCCAGCUUUUCUAAUGCUGGCAUCCUUCGCAGUACUCUCCUGCUUCAUUUUGGUACUUGAGGUGUUGUGGAAGAGAGUCCAGCUGAAAAACCGCGGCCAGUGAACGACGCGCAAAAAGUGACGUCACCAAGCGAUCAGCCUGAGAUCGCAGCACAUCACACGACACUAUAGACGAAUGAAAAAAAAACAAUUGAGGGAAGACGUUUGACGGCCUGCUAAGGAGAUGUACACUAGAACAUUGUACGCAGUAGUUUAACUGCACAGUCAUAUUUAGAUUACAAUAUUUUCUUGUAUCACUUGUAGCACUAUUCAGUAAAUAUUUAAAAUAAUACAGAGUU